AGAGUCGGUACCCCACACUACGUCAUGUUUGCGCAUGUGAAUUAAUUUGCCCAUUUCGUUUUCUACGUACCUCAAAACAUAAACGUUUAGUAUCUACCUCAAUUCGAAAUUGAAAACUCAUCCUAUGAUUAUAGCCUUUACCGUCAUAGAAAAAGACUCCGAGAUUGUUAGGUCACAUUUUGCGGAGACUUGAUAGAAGAGAGACAUCAUCUAACUACCAUUGCACGACCGAGAACAUCCCUAGAAGUAUAAGAAUACUACAACCUACACAUCCUCCCACGGGAACCUCGAAUCCACCAGAACGACACGAAACCACACACAAUCACACGCAAAAUGUCCGACCUCAACCCCACCGCGCCCUCCCAACCAACCCUCAACCAAGCCUACACAACCCCCAGCAACCCCGUCUCCAAAACCGCCUCCGAAUCCCACACCGCAUCGUCCCACCCUCCCUCCGGCCACGCAAUCGACCAGCGCAUCCCCCCAACGCAGUCCUCCUCCACAGACGACGCGACGCCCUCGUCGCUGGGCCGGGGCGUCCGCGGCGCGGGACCGGGCGAGGAGGCGAAGGGCCUGAGCGACGAGGACGUCGGCAGGCAUCGCGAGCUGGAUGGGGAGCAGAUGGCGGCACCGGGGGAGGGCAGGGUCGCGGAUGCGGUUGCGGGACGAGGCGGGCUGGGGGGGAACUUGGGGGGAGGGGGCGAGCAGCCGGAUUUUGUGGCGGACCUUGAUCGGUUGUUGAUGGAGGGGUUUGUGUAUUGGAAGAAAGCUGAGCAGGCGGAGGCGAGGGAGGCUAUCAAGCAGCAGAGGGCGCGGGGCGCAGUGGACGGCGGUGAUUUGGGACAGCAGGGAGGGCCUGCGAAUCCGGUCCCGUAG